CCCUUGAACCGCUCAGUCACUUUCACUCUCAGAACUAGUACAUCUAGAUACUUGUCAAAGUCAUGGGGAUUCUGGAUGUUUUGCUCCAGUCCCACUCAGCCACUUUGUUGGUGGCUCUUCUAGUACUUCUGUUGGUGUAUUUAAUUUCAUCCUCCAGGUUUAGCCCUGAAAAACAUGGAAAGGAUCCACCCGGACCAAGACCCCUUCCUGUGAUUGGAAACCUUCUGCAACUUGACCUCAGCAGACUAUAUAAAUCUUUACUGGAGUUAUCCAAGGAGUUUGGAUCAGUCUUCACUGUCUAUCUUGGACCACAAAAAGUGGUGGUUCUGGCAGGAUACAAAACAGUCAAGGAGGCUCUUGUUCAGCAUGAUGAGGAGUUUGGAGAACGGCAAACCUUUCCACUUUUUAAUGAAUUCAACAAAGGGCACGGGGUUUUAUGGGCAAACGGGGACGCUUGGAGAGAAAUGCGACGCUUUGCUUUGACAAACCUAAGGGACUUUGGAAUGGGCAAAAAGGCUUGUGAAGAUAAAAUAAUCGAGGAGUGUCAGCACCUCAUUGAAGUUUUUAAGAAUUUCAAAGGAGAACCUUUUGAUACAAUGCAGCCUCUAAACUAUGCAGUCUCUAACAUCAUCUGCUCCAUGGUCUAUGGCAACAGAUUUGAAUACGAUGACCCAGAAUUUACAUCGAUGGUGGAUCGAACCAACCAAAUUAUUCUACUAACUGGCUCUCCAUCCCUACAGCUUUAUAACAUGUUUCCAAGCCUCUUUAAAUGGCUGAGAAGGAUGACGGAAUUCAUAGAAUUCAAAGAGACAAAUAGGAAGAAGAACUUUGCUCUCUUCAGUCAGCUAAAGCAGACCCUGAACCCUGAGAUGUGCAGAGGCUUUGUGGAUGCCUUCCUGGUUCGCAAGCAAACUCUGGAGGCAUCUGGCAUUAAAAACAGCCAAUUUCACGAUGAAAACCUCUUAGUGACAGUUACAAACUUGUUCAACGCUGGGACUGAAACGACAUCCACCACUCUGAGAUGGGGCCUUCUUCUUAUGGCCAAAUAUCCAAAGAUACAAGAGCAGGUCCAAGAGGAACUGAGGAACGUGAUAGGAGAUCGUCAGGUCCAGGUAGCAGACAGAAGGAGUCUGCCCUUCACUGAUGCUGUUAUCCACGAGACUCAAAGACUGGCCAGCAUCGUUCCCAAUGCGCUUCCUCAUAAAACCAGCAGAGACAUCACAUUUCAGGGUUACCAAAUCAAGAAGGGCACUACGGUUUAUCCUCUCCUGACUUCUGUCCUCCAUGAUCCCAGUGAGUGGGAGAAACCCCACAGCUUUCAUCCUGCUCAUUUUCUGGACAAAGAAGGAAAAUUUGUCAAGCGUGAUGCCUUCAUGCCAUUUUCUGCAGGCCGCAGGAUUUGUCUCGGAGAGAGUUUAGCCAAGAUGGAGCUUUUCCUCUUCUAUACCACCCUGCUGCAGCAUUUCCGCUUCACUCCUGCACCCGGAGUCACAGAAGACGAACUGGUUCUGACUGCACAAGGAGGCGUCACUCUUGGUCCUUUACCUCAUAAACUCUGUGCUGUUUCUCGGAUGUGAAGAGGAAGAGCCAGUUAAAUCAAACCCAGCAAAACAAACAUGAAAUCAUCACAGUUCUUGUAGACUUUAAUUUUCAGUAAAGGUUACUUCCUGAAAAGAAAAAUCUCAGAAAAAAAGGGAAACAAAUUGUUAAAGCUAA